AUGGCAUCGAGCGCGCCAAUUAGUUCGGUUUUGGAGGGAAAAGAAGGGGUGGACGAAGCUGAGGAGAAGCUUCUAGAGAAGAACCAGGUGUUGGUAGUACCAGCUCGAGCUACUAAUGAAGAUGGACUGGUUUCUGUAAAAUCUUCCAAGAAAGUUAAACUGCCGGAAGAUGAAAGCCCAGCGGUGGGAGCAGGCCGGUUCACCAUCGGCCCGGCGCCGGAGCGCGACUGGGAGAUGGUGCCGCCCGACGGGAAGUGGGGCUGGUUCGUACUCGUAGGUGCAACGCUAGUUAACAUCUUGAUCCCGGGAACGAUCAAGUCCUUCGGGGUCCUGCUGGUUGAGUUCAAUGACGUGUUCCAAACCAGUGCGUCGGCUUCCUCCGGGAUAGUGGCCUUGUGUUACUUCCUCUACAGUAGUUUAGGUCCAAUCUCGUCUAUUCUGUCGGUGAAAUGGUCGUACCGUACCGUGACCCUCAUCGGUGGCUGCUUCGCCGCCUUUGGAAUGAUCUUCAGUAGCUGGGCAUUUUCCAUAGGCUACUUAUAUUUUAGUUUCGGCGCAAUGGUGGGGACCGGGGCCGGGCUGGCCUUUCCGCCCACGGUGUACAUCGUGACGUCGUACUUCGUAAGGUUGCGCGGUCUCGCAAACGGCAUAUGUAUGUCUGGCUCGGCUUUUGGCAGCAUAAUACUGCCGCCCGUACUGCGCUAUCUUCUAGAGACAUACGGAUACAAAGGUGCUGUGUUAAUAUUGGGCGGUAUAAUGCUGAACGUUUGGGCGGCCGCUUUGCUGUUCCAACCGGUCGAGGAGCACAUGGUGAGGAAGUAUAAGGAACCGGAGGAAGACGAGGACGCUCCGCAGCUUGAACCUUUCAUUGAAGAAGACCCUACCGAUCUAGAGACUAGUCACCCGAGGUUGGUGCUCACAUCUGAAGACAACACCCCUACAGCGGAUAGAUACUCCAACGGGUCUCCGCCCAUCUUCAAGCAUCGAUCCAACGUCGCGUUGGACGACCGAUCGCUCAACAAGUUGGACUUCGCGCGAUCCGCCAGUGCCGCCCAAGUUAUGCGACUGGCGGACGAAAGAACCAGAAAAAUCUCGACGUCUUCCAAACACGGGAUACCCCAAAUAUCAAGCAAAAUCUCCAAUCAUUUACCGAGCAACCCGUCGUUAUUAGAAUCCGUUCCCGAAGGGAGGCCUGGCCGCGCGAACUCGCAUGACACUUUCAGCAGGAAACUCGUUGUACCAAAAACGCCAAAACGCAGUCCCUCUACUUCAAGCUUUCAGUAUAUGUCAACCCCAUUUCACGGUUCCACACUGUCAGCGUUCGAAAAACCAAGUGAAUUUGCUUCACAAUUCAGUCUUAAAUCUAUUACAGAUAGUUUAGCACCGAUAUCGUAUUGUUGUGGUUGCAGAAAGAGACCAAAAGAGGACAAUAAAAAGAAAGAGCCAAGCAAAUACUUCGAUGUGCAACUACUAAAAGAUCCAAUAUAUCUUGUAAUUUUAAUUUCUAACUGCACUUGUGCCAUUUCUUACACAAAUUUUAUCAUUUUAGUGCCGUCAUACGCGGUUGAAUGUGGAUUUGAUAAAUCACUAGGGGCGUACUUGUUGUCGAUAAUUUCCGCUUUGGAUCUGGUUGGAAGGAUUGGUGGGUCUGCGAUAUCGGAUGUAGUGACUACGCCUAAACGCUAUUUUUUUAUAACUGGUUUACUCGUUUCUGGUAUAAGUUUGGCAUUAAUACCGCUAGUGUCGAGCUAUUCUGCUAUUAGCGCUUUCUGUUCAAUAUUUGGCAUCGCGUCUGGUAUUAACGUGGGUGUCACAGCUCUAGUCAUGACAGAAAUGCUCGGUACGGAAAGGCUGAUGUCUUCCUACGGUAUAAGUUUGUUUAUGAACGGUAUUCUGCAAUUAAUUGGGCCACCCAUCUGUGGUUUGUGGUUUGAGCGCACGCAUUCCUAUAAGUCGUUAUUUGUAACCCUUGGUUUGAUAUUAUGCAGCGGGGCUGCCUUGUGGGGCUUCGUACCUUUUAUUCAUAAAAGGAGAAAAAUGGCGGAUAGGGCGAAAGAAAGUUUAGGAGGGAAAGCGUAA